UUAUAAUCCGUACAUAAAAUAAAAUUUUGGCUCAUCAAUAUGAGAAACAUGUCUCAUCAAUCAUCACUGACGUUGAAUUUCAAUAUACAAGCCUACUUCAUUCUGUUAUUAAGCAAGAUGCCAAAAUGAAUCUUUGCAGGUUUCUUUUCCAAGGCUGGAGACACUAAUUCUCAAUAAUUGUGUAAACUCAAAGGAGAUACAUCCUUGGAAUGUUCAAGUUGGCAAAAUAAGUUUAAAAUUCUUGGACGUAGCGAAUCUGAACAAAUUAAUUGUGAGAAAUUGUAGUGAGGUGGCAGAGGUUUUUCAACUUGAGGAGCUAAAUGUUAGAGAAGGACAACAUGUUAGGCCAUUAAUUGAAGUAAGAAUGAUGGAAUUGGAUGCGUUACCUCAGUUGACAUGUUUGUGGAACAAGGAUCCCCAUGGAAUUCUGGGCCUUCAAAUCCUACAAUACCUAACAAUUAAGAAAUGUUCCCUCUUGAGAAAUCUAUUCACAUGUUCCACAGCCAUGGCUCUUCAACAACUUAAAGUACUUUAUUUGGAGUCUUGUCCGGUGAUGGAAGAAGUUAUUGCAGCAACAGAGGAUGGGCUCAAGGAAGUGAUUGAUGAUGUGAUUGAAUUCCCAAAGUUGGAGUGGCUAAUAUUGAAAGAUCUACCAAACCUCAACAGUUUCUGUAAUGCGAAAUAUAAUUUUAAUUUGCCAUCAUUGCAAAGAGUUGUUUUGAAGAGGUGUUCGAAUAUGCACAACUUUACUUUUGGACAAGUACGCAUGUCACAGAUAUUUGUAAGUACAAAUGGCAAUGAUGGCCUUCAAAUAGAAGAUCUCAAUAAGUAUUUAAAGGAACGACUUCUUUUGAAAGGAGAGGAAUGUGUAACCGUGGAUGAAAAUGAUCACGGCUGUGACGAAGUACGGUUCUCCUACCUUGAACGGCUAUAGGAGUAAAGUAAGUUGAUCAUCCUUUAUUAUUAAUAUAUAUGUAUAAAUUUCAUAAUAUUUAUAGGAAAAUUUUAUAAUAAACACGUUAAACAUCCAGUUAUGAUUUAUCAACUGAAUAUAAUAAGUUGAUCCUCCUUUAUCAAAAAAUAAAAAAUAAAACAAAAGGCAAAUUACGACAGUGGUCCCUAUGUUUUACUUCUUGUGUCAUUUUGGUCUCUACACUUUCAAUUAGCUCAAUUUUAAUUCCUAAUUUUAGAUUUUAUUUUAAUUUGUCCAAUUAAUAAUAUUGUUAGUUUUUUUAAGGAAAAUUAUCACUAAAUUGAUUGAGGUUAACUAACUGAGUUGAAUAAGUUUAUAAUUUUACCCUUAAAAAUAUAGCACGUGACACGUACAUGCUUAUUUUUUACAAAAAAAAAUGCUAAGUGUUGUAAUCAAUUGGAUCAAAUUGAAACAAAAUCAUAAAUUCAGGGUCAAAAUCAAGCGAAUUGAAAGUACAAAGACUAAAAUGACACAAGGGGUAAAGUACAGGGACUACUGUCAUAAUUUGUCCAAAAUAUAUAGAGAGAGAGUAAUGCUACCAUAUACAAGUUAUGUCAUUUGUGAGUUUGAUUGACAUAACUCAAUAGUAUGAGAAUCAUAACAAAUAAUAAUAAUAAUAAUUUGAGUUAUAACUAAGCAUCACAUGAGGUAUAACCAAACAACUCUUGAAUCAUAACAAAAAUGAUCUCAUAACCAAUAUCACAAUGUGUCGUAAUUAACAACACAAGCAGGCAUAACCAAAGACGCAAAAGUGUAAACCAAAGCAUAGAAUUUCCCUAUAUUGUAUAUAUACAUAUCUCAUAAUAUUUAUAAGGGAAUUCUAUAUAACACUUUAAAAAAUGAUGUAUUAUAU